UGUUGCUAUGGCCUACUGUUAACGAAAGUGUCAUGUGGCCAGCACAACGACCAACCACUUUUACUUUCCCUAACUAAUGUCAGGUUACGUGUUGAUAGAUAGAUAGAUAGACAACAGGGGCGGACUGGCUAUAUGGACAUUCGUGCAAAUGCCCGGUGGGCCGGUAUCCAAAUGGGCCGGUAGCCGGUAGGACUAGAAAAGAGAGACCUGACAACCCAGCAAGUCCGACACUUCGUUUUUCAAAUUAAGGACACAGAAUAGAGCUGCAAUAUAUAUGGAUCCAUCAAUCAGAAAUUCAAUUCAAAUAUUGCUAAGAGUUCGCCCUCCUGAUCCAAGUGAAAAAGACUUUGCACCACGAGUUCUGGAUGUUAACACUGCAGACAAUGCCAUUAUUCUUCACACAAAGCCAGAGCCCAAAGUUUUCAGAUAUGACAAUGUAGCAGAUGCUGACACCACACAGGAAGCUGUGUUUUCACUAGUUGGUAAAAAGAUUAUUGAAGAUUGUUUAAAUGGCUACAAUGGAUCCAUAUUAGCUUAUGGUCAGACUGGCUCAGGAAAAAGUUUUACUAUGUUUGGUCCCUCUGAGAACUUGGAAAGCUCUCAGCUUCGUGGUGUGAUUCCCAGAAGUUUGGAGUAUCUCUCUAGUGUAAUAGCUCACCAACAAGAUCAUGGCAGUAAAAAACAGUUUUUGUGUCACUGCUCCUUUUUAGAAAUCUAUAGAGUAAAUCAAGAGCAAAUCUUUGAUCUUUUGGAUACAGCUUCACAAGGUAUUCGCUUAUGUGAGAAUAUGAACAAAGGUGUCUUUGUAGAUGGACUCAUUGAGCAAGUUAUCUGCAACCCAAGAGAUGCUUAUCAGUUAAUAAUCAAGGGCUGGUUGAAUCGUAGAGUAGCUCCUACUUCCAUGAACAGAGAGGGUUCGCGCUCUCAUGCUGUUUUUACAGUUAAAAUAGAGUCAAAGGAGGCUGGAAGCAUCAAUAAGUCCCUCUCUGUCUUAUGGAAUGUCAUCAUGUCUCUGAGCUAUGGAAAAAAACGUCACAUCCCUUACAGAAACUCCAAAUUAACAUUUUUGUUGAGGGAUUCAAUUGGUGGAAAAACAAAGACAAGAAUGAUAGCUUGUGUUCAUCCAGACUCCAGGUGUUGUCUAGAAACAUUAUACACUUGAAAGUUUGCCAAAAGUGCCAAACAAAAGAAAAAUAAGGCUGUUGUAAUUAAAGACAUUCACAGCAAUAAUCAAGAACUUCAAAUUGAAAUUAGUCGAUUAAAACAACUAAUCGAAACUAUGCACAGUUCACCUGGGCCAGAGAUAAGACCGAAUGUUGUUACCGCACCAGAUCUCCAAAAAUAGAGGAUUUGAAUCUUUCUUUCAAAGAUUAUCAAAAAAUCUUUUUACAGGAGGAUUCAUUUAAGAAAUUGUAUGCUGUCAUUAGUAAACUUCAACAAGAAAAUCAAAACUUGCUGGAAAAGUUGAACUUUAUGAAUCACUUAGAGAAUCUCAGCUGACAGCCAAAGAAGAAGAACUGCAAAGAGUGAACAUGACUCUUCAGAAAUUUGAAAAAGACAACAAAGUUUUACAAGCUAAGUUGAAGCACACAGAAGUUUGUGAGCAGAAAGCUCCUGAAGUGCCAAAUUUUCAAGUUAUUAAGAAAAUUGAAUUAGCCUAUAGCCGCAAGAUGGAAGAGUUUGAGAGGUCAAUCUUUGGCAAAGAU